UAAUCCACCGCACACACAAAGUAUCGGCGAGGGCGGAACCAGCGUGCAGGCGGAACUAGAAUUCAGAGUCUCAAAAAGAGAGGGAAAUUUAAACCGGCCGGACACUUCUGUUGGACCGCUUGGACAUUUGUGGAUUCAAUAAAAAAAGAGGUCAAUGUCGAUUGGGACCGCUCAAGAGCAACAAAUAAACAACUCGUAUUGCUGCAGAAUGGAGUUUUACCACGACCAGCUUUUAGAUUCACCCUCCAAAAACAGUUACAUUGGGAGCUAUUACCAGCCUCCAGAAAAGGGCCUACCAAUUCCCAGAGAACCCGAGCUCUACUCCAAAGGUGCAGGGCUACCGAUGGACAGUCCUGCACAUUCACAAAGCAAAUUGAAUACUGACAGAAAGGCUGUCGAGAGUGCACUGAGGACCCUUCAGGAGAAAAUCAGGCGACGUGAAAAGGAACGGGCGCAAGCGGAGAAGAACCAACCGCAAUUCUUGCAGGAUGCUGAGAAGCAUCAGCCUGUGGCGGCAACAUCGUACAACAUCCAAGCUUCAGCUGGCCAAGAUUGUGCCAACAGGCGUGAGAUGGACUCCAAGCUGCAGUCUGCAGAAUUUGGCUGUAAGGCGCUCCAGAAGCAGGUGGACCACAUAUUGAGGAUGGUGGAUAAUGCGAGGAAGGACACUCCAGCCGUGGAGAAUGAGCAACAACAACAACAACAACACCACCACCACAAACAACAACAGCAGCAGCAGCAGCAGCAGCAACAAGAACGUCUGAGCGGCUCAGGCGACCAAAUUCAGCGGGAGAAGCUAGAGAAACUGGAAUCCGAGUGUCUCAAAUUGAGCAAAACUCAAAACAUGUCGGACAUGAAGCUGGCCGAUCUGGAGCAAAAGUUCCUCAAGGAGCAGCACGAGCGCAAAGUGGUGCAGGAGAGAGGCCAGAUGCAGAGAGAGCAGGACCUCAACAUGCGAUUUUCCUCACUAGCUUCCCAGCAGAAGAAACCCAAGAAGGCUGCAAAGAAAGUCACAGUGAAGCCCCCCCGACUAAAUGAGAGGACAUCGCCAAGGCAUAAAAAAAUCCCUUUUGUGGCAGGAACGUCGACAAGCCCGAGCCACUCGGUCCACGCCAAUGUGCAAAGUAUCCUCCACAUGAUGAAGCACCACCAGCCCCAACUGUGUCAUAGAGUGGGCGCCCUGCACCGCUCGGGCUGCGCAGCCAAGAAGAGCCUCCAAAUGGACAAUCGCACGACUUCUGUCUCCGCCCCCAGCGGCGACAGAGAGAUCGAACACCAAGAUCAGUCGCUGGGCUCGCUGUCGGACCUGCUUCUGGCCCUGCAGGACGAGCUGGGCCAGAUGGGCUUUGAACAUCAGGAGCUGGUGCAUCAGAUUGAUGCCACUCAGCAUCACGAGCAGAGGCAGGACCUGCAGAGAGAACUGGAAGGUUUGGUGGCCAGAAUGGACAAAAAGGGAGCGCAGAUUAGCAAACUACGGAAACACCAGCAGACGGUCCACACACUCACCCAGCACUCGUGCAACAACAACAACAACGCAGCUAAAAAGCCGAAAGGGAUCAGGCCGUCGACCGCUCCUCCGGUUCUGAAUAAGCAGCAGGACAUGCAAUGUGCUCCAAAAAGCCUGCAAAUUCUCAGGGAGACCCAGAAGUUCCGCAACAGCCUUAAACAAGACGACAUCUCCUGGGAGGUUUGAUAAGGAUAACAACAUGGUGUAAUACAUGUUGAUAAAGUCGUUUUAUCUUGUGUGAGGUUGUUGAAAUACUUACUGUGAAAUAUUUUACAAUUUUAAUAAAGCUUAUUUUCUACA